AUGUAUAAAAAACGGGUUUCUUAUUUUUACGAUCCGGACGUUGGCAACUUUCAUUAUGGCACUGGUCAUCCCAUGAAACCUCAUAGAAUUGCAGUCACUCAUAGCCUUGUAUUAAAUUAUGAUCUGCACUCUAAAAUGAAAUUGUACAGGCCAUACAAAGCUUCAGAAUAUGAUAUGUGCCGGUUUCAUACAGAAGAAUAUAUCAGUUUCUUGAAGAAUGUUACUCCUCAGACAGUAGACAAAUACACAAAGAACCUGAACAUGUUCAAUGUUGGCGAUGACUGUCCUGUUUUUGAAGGGUUGUUUGACUUCUGUUCUUUAUACACUGGGGGAUCUCUUGAAGGAGCUCACAAGCUGAACAACAACCAAUGUGACAUAGCAAUAAAUUGGGCUGGUGGGUUACAUCAUGCAAAGAAAUAUGAAGCCUCUGGUUUCUGUUACGUCAAUGACAUUGUCUUAGCUAUUCUAGAAUUGUUAAAAUACAACCCUCGCGUGCUGUAUUGUGACAUAGAUAUCCAUCACGGAGAUGGAGUACAAGAGGCUUUCUACCUCACUGACCGUGUCAUGACUGUUUCUUUUCAUAAGUAUGGAAAUUAUUUCUUCCCUGGCACAGGUGACAUGUACGAGACAGGUGUUGAUUGCGGUUCUUUGUAUUCUGUCAAUGUUCCUCUUCGAGAAGGCAUUGAUGAUCAAACCUACCUGUCAAUUUUCAAACCUGUAGUACAAGAUGUAGUCAACUUUUUCCAACCAACUGCUAUUGUGUUGCAAUGUGGUGCUGACUCAUUAGGACACGACAGAUUGGGUUGUUUCAACCUCACCACUAGAGGACAUGGUGAAUGUGUCAAAUUUGUGAAAGACUUGAACAUCCCGCUGUUGGUACUGGGUGGCGGAGGUUAUACAUUACGCAAUGUGGCUCGCUGCUGGUGUUACGAAACAUCCGUGCUACUGAACGAAGAAAUCAGCAACGAACUGCCUUACCAUGAUUAUCUUGAAUAUUUCGCGCCUGAUUUUUCACUUCAUCCCGAUAUUGCUGGAAAACAGGAGAAUCUCAAUACUAGACAAUAUUUAGAUACGCUGAAACAGUUCAUACACGAGAACCUGCGACACCUUCCUCACUCUCCUAGCGUACAACUUCAAGACAUCUCCCCAGAACUCAUCAACCUGGACAACAUGGACGAUGUUGAUCCCGAUCUUGUCAGAAACACGUUUGACGACCCAAACAAAAAACCCGAAGCUUCAAAUGAAUUCUAUGAUGGUGACAAAGACAAUGACAAAGAUGGCUGA